AUGUCGUGUCAGAAAUCUAAAAAGCGCAAGUUUAUUGGCGACGGUGUGUUCAACGCCGAGCUCAAUGAGUUCCUGUCUCGGGUUCUCGCUGAGGAAGGCUACUCGGGUGUUGAACUCCGUAUUACUCCCGUCCGUACGGAGAUCAUCAUCAGGGCGACCCGUGCCCGUGAGGUCGUCGGCGACAAGGCACGCCGCAUUCGUGAAUUGACUUCGUUGGUUCAGAAAAGGUUCGGUUUUUCUCCCGACACUGUUGAGCUCUACGCGGAGCGUGUCGAGCACAAGGGUCUUUGCGCAAUGGCGCAAGCGGAAUCGCUGAGGUACAAGCUCCUCAAAGGAUUGGCAGUAAGGCGUGCCGCGUAUGGUGUGCUUAGGCACAUUAUGGAGUCCGGUGCCAAGGGUUGUGAAGUUAUCGUAUCCGGAAAGCUCCGUGCCCAGCGUGCUAAGAGCAUGAAGUUCAAGGACGGGUACCUUAUCUCUACUGGUCAGCCAGCUAAGACUUUUGUUACCAGUGCCACACGUUCGGUUCAACUUCGUCAGGGUGUUUUGGGUAUUAAGGUCAAGAUCAUGCACCCACACGAUCCGGAGGGACGUUUGGGUCCUGCUACUAUCAUGCCGGACACCAUUACUGUAAAGGAGCCCAGCCCGGAUUUGGAGUAUUCCAAGUGA